CCCAGCUACAGUUCAAGGAUGUAUUCGAUUGCAAAAGUUUUGAUACUCACAAUCAUCACGAUGCUCAACGCACAUAAAGCGAGCUGUUCGGUUACAUAUUUAGGAAAAGUUGUCAUCGGCGUCGACGUCUGCCGGGAUGUGAACUGUAACGUGACCGACGGUAUUAUCUACUCUGCCGAUCUCCCCACAACAUUUUCAAACGUCAUGGACCUUGAAUAUUCCGGCUUCAAUUUGAGUGAUUUUGUCGAUACCGAGGAGUUACUACCUAACUACGUGGACUACGAUCCUCUUAAUAACCGAUUCUACUUCAUGGAACGGUUUGGCGCUGGAGUUAGCGUAGAUUUCAUGGGUGGAUCUGCAGUUUUCUUCGCCCACGACCAAGAACAAGUGGCUGGAAUGAGGGUACACUCAAAGAAAGGACGAGUUUUCUGGGUAGAACACAGAGGAACUAUACACGCCAUCGAUACGGACGGAAAUAAUCAUAUUGAGUUCAGCCUGGGUGACGAGCCGGACGGGACCUCCACGUGUGGAUGCAAAUCCAAAGGUCCCCGGUAUCUUGCGCUUGAAGUAGACGAGAAUAAAGACUACCUUUUCAUAUCGACAAGGACAGACAUAUUUCACGUUAUUCGUACCAAUCUUAUAGGGGGCGAUAAUAUCACACUGUCAGAGUUAGAUUGGAUGCCUAUUAGAGAUUUACACUUUGAUGGUGUUCGUCUUUUCUACGCAUCUGGCUUCGGGGAACUAGGACACAUCCGCCCCGACGGUAAGGGGAAAACCAUCUUGUACGUCGCCCCCGGCUCAAACCCUUUGCUCUUCAACAUUGCCAAGUAUGGGGAUCUGGUAUUCGUCCACGAAGAUCUAUUCAACACAGAGUUCAAAGACUACGCUCUCUCCAUCAUCAGCAUCCCUGAUAAAUCCCUGAUUGAGCAGAGGACAGGCUUCGCAACAUCCGAUGGCGAACAUGAGUUUUGGCACACGGAUCGGUUUCGGGUCCGGCUUCAAUCUAAUGCGCAUGCUCCUUCGAUCACCUGCCCGAGCAAUAUGGAUGUCCCCACGGAGAGCGGUCUCGCGACGGCCCGCGUCUCGUGGGCCGAGCCUUCCUAUGCAGACGCGGAGACUGUGUCCUUCCUCACGUUCUAUGGACCGAAGGAUAACAAUACUGAUUUUCAACUCGGAAUGACUGCGCUCACGUACGAGGUUGUCGAUGAAGGCGGCAGGGCAGCACAAUGUAACUUCAUGGUUACUGUCUUUGAUGACGAGCCUCCAGUGUUUGAUUACUGUCCAUUGAGUUUAACCGUCAUUACUGCUCCAGGCAAAGCUACUGCACGCGUCACUUGGCACGAACCUCUGGUAUCGGACAACUCACCUGAACCGAUUUCUGUUGUACCCAUCAUAAACCGAAAUGAUAGCGAAUUCAGUUUGUACCCUAACGGAUCGAUGUCCGAUACCGGAAACAACAUGGAAUUCAAUAUAGGGAUAUAUACCGUACAGUACAACGCAACAGAUGCUGCAGGCCAGGAAGCCGUCCCAUGCUUUUUUGAAAUACAUGUCAUAGACACUGAGGAACCGGUUAUAACUGGUUGCCCGCCAUCCAUGACUGUACCCACGGAUAACCGAAAGAUUCGUGCUAAAGUGUUUUGGGAUACACCAAAUGCAACUGAUAAUUCAAAUAAUGUUACAUUGACUUUCAACGAGGAACACACCUGGACGAAUCCUGACUCGUUUCCCAUCGGAUUAACCCCUCUUUCUUACACAGCCGAAGACGCCUCAGGGAAUAGCGCCACUUGCACGUUCACCAUAUCUGUCAUAGAUACUGAAGAGCCGGUUAUACAAAAUUGCCCAUCCUCCCAGAGCGUUCCCAUGGGAACUGGUCAGAAUUUCGCUAGGGUAUCCUGGACUGCACCAAAUGUAACGGACAAUUCUGAUAACGUGACACUGACAUUCAAUGAGAAAGGCGACUGGAAAAAUCCUGACAAAUUUCCCGAAGGAAUUACCUCUCUUUCAUAUACAGCUGAAGAUAUAGCUGGAAAUAAAGCAACUUGCAUGUUCACCAUAUCGGUGAUUGAUAACGAAGAGCCUGUAAUAAACGAUUGCCCACUUACACAGUCUGUUAGCACGGAUCCAGGCCAGGAUUUCGCUACGGUUUCAUGGGACGAACCUACCGUGAUGGAUAACUUGGAUCAAAACAUUAACCUCACAUUCAGUGGGAAUGGGACAAAUGGCGGCAACUUUCCACUGGGAAUAACUUCCCUUUCUUAUAGAGCGAUUGAUGCCAACGGAAACGUAGCAACAUGCAUGUUUUCAAUUGUUGUCAGUGAUAAUGAGGAACCAGUCAUAAACGACUGCCCAUCCUCCGUGACUGUUCCAACAAACAACGGACAGAGUUACUCUACGGUGUCGUGGACUUCACCAAAAGCAGUUGAUAAUGCAAACAAUGUUACACUGACAUUCAAUGAGAAAUACCUCUGGAGCAAUCCCGGUAACUUUACCGAGGGGAGAACUCAUCUUUCCUAUACAGCUGAAGAUGCGGCAGGAAAUAAAGCUACCUGCAUGUUCACCAUAGCCGUUAUAGAUAUUGAGGAGCCGGUAAUACAAAAUUGCCCAUCCUCCCAAAGCGUUCCCAUGGAAACUGGUCAGAAUUACGCUAAGGUAUCCUGGAUUGCACCAAAUGAAAUGGACAAUUCUGAUAACGUGACACUGACAUUCAAUGAGGAAGGCGACUGGAAAAAUCCUGACAAUUUUCCCGAAGGAAUUAUCUCUCUUUCAUAUACAGCUGAAGAUAUAGCUGGAAAUAAAGCAACUUGCAUGUUCACCAUAUCUGUGAUUGAUAACGAAGAGCCUGUAAUAAACGAUUGCCCACUAACACAGUCUGUUAGCACGGAUCCAGGCCAGGAUUUCGCUACGGUUUCAUGGGACGAACCUACCGUGAUGGAUAACUUGGAUCAAAACAUUAACCUCACAUUCAAUGGGAAUGGGACAAAUGGCGGCACCUUUCCACUGGGAAUAACUCCCCUUUCUUAUAGAGCGAUUGAUGCCAACGGAAACGUAGCAACAUGCAUGUUUUCAAUUGUUGUCAGUGAUAAUGAGGAACCAGUUAUAGACGACUGCCCAUCCUCUGUGACUGUUCCAACAAACAACGGACAGAAUUACUCUACGGUGUCAUGGACUUCACCAAAAGAAAAGGAUAAUUCAAACAAUGUUACACUGACAUUCAAUGAGGUAGACCGCUGGAGCAAUCCCGGUAACUUUUCCGAGGGGAGAACUCAUCUUUCCUAUACAGCUGAAGAUGCGGCAGGAAAUAGAGCUACCUGCAUGUUCACCAUAGCCGUUAUAGAUAAAGAGGAGCCAGUUAUACGUAACUGCCCACCUUCGAUGUCUGUACCCCUCGAAACAGGUCAGAAUUACGCUACGGUGUCUUGGAAGGAACCGACUGCAAUGGACAAUUCUAAUAAUGUGAUACUAACAUUCAAUGGAGCAGGCGCCUGGAAUAAUCCCGACAACUUUUCUGUAGGAAUCACCCCUCUGUCCUAUAUGGCUGAAGAUUUCUCAAGCAACAAAGCGACUUGCAUGUUCACCAUAUCAGUCAUUGAUACUGAGGAGCCAGUUAUCCCAAACUGCCCAUCCUCCCAGAUUGUUCCGAUGGAAACGGGUCAGAAUUACGCUACGGUAUCCUGGACUGCACCAAAUGUAACGGACAAUUCUGAUAACGUGACACUGACAUUCAAUGAAGCCGACGCCUGGACAAAUCCUGACAACUUCCCCGAAGGGAUCACAUCUCUUUCAUACACAGCUGAAGAUAAAGCAGGAAAUAAAGCGACUUGCAUGUUCACUGUAUCAGUUAUUGAUAACGAAGAGCCUGUAAUAAACGAUUGCCCACUUACACAGUCUGUUAGCACGGAUCCAGGCCAGGAUUUCGCUACGGUUUCAUGGGACGAACCUACCGUGAUGGAUAACUUGGAUCAAAACAUUAACCUCACAUUCAAGGGGAAUGGGACAAAUGGCGGCACCUUUCCACUGGGAAUAACUCCCCUUUCUUAUAAAGCGGUUGAUGCCCAUGAGAACGUAGCAACGUGCGUGUUUUCAAUUGUUGUCAGUGAUAAUGAAGCCCCGGUCAUCACCAAUUGCCCGACCGCUCAGACUAAAACGUCAGAGGUUGGAGCUGAAACAGCAACAGUUCAUUGGCCCGAGCCCAUUGAAUCUGAUAAUUCCGGAAAUGUGACAUUGGAUUUAAGUCAUGACAGCGGAGAUUCAUUCCCCAUAGGCCAGACGGUGGUCACAUACACAGCGCGAGAUUUAAGUGGGAACGUGGCAACAUGUACCUUCGUUAUAUUGGUAACGGCUCCACCUGGGUGUAUAAACGAUGGUGAAUGCGGAGAAGCAGAAACCUGUGUGCAGAGUGAAUGCCAAUGCGCAACCGGCUUCAUUCGACUCAACGGUGCCAACAGUACUUGUACAGCUGUGAACAUGUAUUCAAUACAAGUAACGGCCCUCGCGGAGAACGACGUCGAGUAUCAAUUCUCGGCCGAGUUGAAUGACCCCAAUUCUCCCGCUUUCCAAGAAGUCGCCAAUUCCUUCAUAGUCGUGAUGAUGGAAAACACCCAGAACAUUUAUGAUAUUCAAGUCAAUCAGAUUAUGAGCGGGAGUCUCAUUUUUUUAGCCGACGUCACCACCGAGCCUUCUACAACGAUGUCUCAACUUGAACAAGACAUUCAGAAUGCCAUUCAAACUGGAUCUGCAACGGCAGGGCCCACCACCAUAUUUUUUGUUCCCAACAACACAGUCAUAUCUGAUAUCAAUGAAUGUGCUAGCUCCACAACCAACGAUUGUUCGCCAAAUGCCGACUGCACCAACAUGGAUGGGUCUUACACCUGCACCUGUCACUAUGGUCACACUGAUUCAUCACCGACUGGAGUUGGUCCCGGUAGAGUAUGUGAAUUCACUUCCGCUGGUAGCGUGCUGGGUGUGGGCGGAUUGGUUGGGCUUGCUGUGGGAGCCUGUGUUCUUGUUGUCGUAUUUUUCUUAUGCUGUCUCAUUGCUAUAAGAAGAACGAACUUCAAAGAGGAAGCGUUGAGGAGAGAUGACCCAGUUCGUCUAUCGUCAUUUAGUCCAAGACGCGAAGGUGGUGUCUUUCGGCAUAAUAGCGACAAGGGCAAUUUCUUCCGCCCCUACAUAGCCCCAGGUAACUCCCGGUCGGAAUACAUGUGA